ACAAAGCAAAUAAAGUAAGUCACCAUCAUCGUAUUAUACAACAAACCUACAUUAAUCAUGGUUAAAAAAAGAUGGUGGAGCUGGGUGACAAUUUCUCCUCAAAAUUAUUCCAAACCCAAACAUGUAAUAGUUUUCUUGUUGUCAACAAGUAGGUAAAGUUUAAUCAUCAACCAGUACAAUCGUUUAUCUUUAUGAUUGAUUUAUUAAUCAAUUUUUCAUUUGUUACUAUUUGACAUAGUACACAUGUAGGCUCAUGAUAUGAUACAUGAUGUCACAUAACUAUAGUAAAUUCUAUAUUAGGUACAACAUAGUCAACAACCACUAUCGAACGCAAUUUCAUAAUGGUUCAACCGCAAUCUCACCCAACUCUACGUCUCGUACAUAUAUAUACAUGCUAACAUAGUACUAGGACACCUAUGAAAACUUAAAACACAAUAAGUCGAUUUUUGCUUUACAUAUAAUUAUGUCGGAACAAACUUACAUGUACGCCUAUGUAACGCUGCCUCAUCAUGACCAGACCGAAUGGUACUCACAGAAAUGUUACAGAGAUGGAAGACGGGUGAUGUUGGCAAGCUACGACUUGAAGGGGCCAGGGAGAUUCAGUUUCAAAGAGAAGCUUAGGAAGUCGGCUAAAGGAAUGAACGAGGCGGCUGAGCAGUGGGUUUCAGAAGUACGGAGGGGUACGACCAAAAGACGUUUUGCGAUUAGAGUUUUAAGGACAAAACUUGGCUUCUAUUCUUUCUUCCUUCGUAGUGUCGGAUGUAUUACAUCUUGUUUAGGCCAUAGAGAUCAUUUCGUGAAGUAAUUAAACAAACCCUAAAGCAUUUAUCUACACAGGUAAGUACUUAAUUUCAUAUAUAUAUAUACACACACACACACAUAGGUGUGUGUUUUCAAAGGAGAGUUUCGUGUGAAUACUUCAAUAUUCAAUUUGGAAACAUUGGGAGUGAGUUAAGGUUUAGAUGGUCUUACAACUUAUUGUAUGUAUGUAUAUAUGUAAUCAGAAUCAUUUAUGGAGUUAAAACUUAUAGCUAGCAUUUUUAGAACUAUUAUUACUAAAUUUUCGUACUACGCUGAUUUUACUAGUUAAUUAUGUCCAAUAGAAUUAACAUGUCCUAUUAUUGACCAUUAUCUUAUGUUUCUAUUGUCAACAAAAGUCAACCAAGAAAGAGAAAUUAAGUCUCAGUGCAGUAGACAUCACUACGUCCACUUUUAUACAAUGUUAAUGUUGCCUCAAAACAAAAUUUAUUCACACCUAAGUUCACGGCGUCAGUCAUAUCUCUUCUUCUGAUCGAUGUUUUCAAUAACCUGCCAAAGUCUUAUCUCUUCCACUCAAGUUGAAAGUCUAACCACACAAUGAUUUUGUAACGAUGUACUUCAAUUACUAAUCCGUUCAAAUUCUAAUAAUUAUAUGUAUCUUUAAUUUUCAUUCUCACACUAAUUUUCCAAAUUUCAACCAUCGAGCGACUAUGUAAAUGAUUUCAUUGAACAUAAUUAUAUAAAUUUCCCUCAACUCACACGCACAAAAUAAAAUUACUUAAGUAGAGAGUGUAGAUAAAUAAAUUUUCAAAAAAAAUGUUCACCACAUUUGUAUACAGACAGAGAAUAAAAUGAAAACAAAAAUCAAACAUAAUUACUAAUCAAAUCCAACAAGAACAAUUGUGUGUAACAUACCAUAUGAUCACCUAAAAUAAUGGAAUCAACCAAUUGGAAGCAGAAGGUUUAAGAAAUUGCAGAAAACAACUUGGAAAUACAUGUGAUACAUGAAAUGAUAGGAAAAUCACGAGAGCGAACUAUCUUGAAUUAGCUGGAUAAUAGGUGAUAAGGUGAUGAUGAUCACGUUAGGAGGAUAGUAGGGAAAGAGAACAAAAGUAUUGGUUCAACUCCGAUAAAGGAAAAAUAGAAAUUGGGUUAACUAAUAAGGGUCCAAACAAACAAUUGUAGUACACAACAAAUAUGAUUCCAAAGAGGCAAAAAAACUCAUUGUACAUCAUUAGACUACAAUUGUCUCACGGAAAAAUAAAACAAAUGUUUUUCAAAAAUAAAAGAAAUCAAACUAAAAGAAGAGCAAAAUGAUUAAAAAGCGAUAGGUAAUAUAUUAAGCACACACAUACAAUUCAAAAGAAUCAGACAAAAACUGUUAACAUAGAAUUGAAAUGCCAAUGAAAACCAAAAAUUAACUAAACCCAAAAAUAUACAAACAAAGCCCGCGGCAAAACUCCUAGUAGUAAAAAUGAGAAGGAACCUUAGUAAUCAGUUACAUAGUAAGCAACCAUAGAGGUAGGGAUAAGCAAGAUAAUAAAACAUGUACCAUAAGGUUACAACUUAGCAGCCAAACAAAAGUACAGUAUAGUGUAGAGUCUAGAAACUAAAUAGUAACAGCCAGAUAUACAUCUAAAUAUGUAUGUUUUAGAGUUUACAAAACAUUAUGAUUAAACACACACAAGAUAAUUGGUUUUAAAUGGGCACAACGAUCCUCUCUUUUUCUCAUAACAAAGGGGAAUCACCUCGAUUUCUAUAAAUUAUACUCUUUCUGUUUCAAAAUACAUGAAGUUUUAAGAUUGUGCACAACUAUUAAGAAACUUGUUUUUUAUCUACUUGUUUGUUUGUUUUUUCCAUCCACCACUCGUGUGUCGUCGUCCUUAAUCCCUCAAGAGUGAAUGAACCCAUCAAACUGUAACCAACCAAGAUGAUGUUGUGCUUGGGACUCUUGGGACCGGAGCGGAGCCAAAUUCUCGAGGUAAGGAGAUAUAACACACAAAUCCAAGGAGAGACAGCGAAUCUCACCCGUCCCUGGAUAAUAUUUGAACAACCUGCUCUUCUCAUUGUUCGAAAAGACGAGAUUCCCUUGCUUAGAAACCGAAACCGGCAUGCAACACAUUGUCUCCGGUGGAGUUAUGGAAUAAGUCUUGCUCCACACUUCUUCUUCUGCGUUCAUGCUAUAUGUUUUGAGACGGUAAUGAAUCUGCGGAUUGAUUUCAAGGGCAAUCGAAGGAGGAUUUCUUCCAGAAGAUCUGGAACUGUGUAGAUCAUCGAGUUAGUUUUUUUUUUUUUUUUUUCUUCGGACAUGUUUCUUUUUUAUGUGUAUGGUUUGAAAAACAUAUCUCAACUUACUUCUCAAGGAAUAACUUUCCAUUUAUUUCCUUCUUCACGUCAAGAUCGACUUUCCAAUUAUAUAGAUUCGUUUCCAUUUAUAGUAUUCCCGUUUUUUUUUAAUCAUAAAAUUAAGUUAAAAAGAUAGGGUCCAAAGUUCUUCACUUCCCGUUCAAUACAUCGCGCGGGAGGACUUCGUUUAUUUAAAUAGUAUCUGGGGGCCCAAAUAGUGUUUAUAUUGGGCUGGGUAAACAUCCAAAAGUCCGUAUUUUAUGAUUUUAUUUGAAUGCUAGGGUUUUUGCACCUUGCCCACUCUCUUAUAUAUAAAAACCUUUCUCUAUAUCCCCACUCCUGUCAUCUUAAGCUAGUUUUGUAUUUUUUUUUGCUUGGUAUAACUAUGCGUUUGUGCAUAUGUUUUAUUGGUAUGGUGUUGAAAGAAAGAUGUGCUCCAUUUUUAAACGAGUCAACAGCAGGCGUCACUUUAAUGGCGACCUGACUGCCGCUUGGAGCCUAGAUUAAAUUGCCAGAGGAAGACCCAUGAAAACUAUUUUUUGCCAAUGUUUUCAUGAUUCAAUACUCUUGGAUACAUUUAUAUUACAAUCUUGUUAAGUUUUUGUUUUGGAUGGCAUUUAAGUCAAUACACAGCUGCUUGUUGCUUUUUAAUAAGAAACAGCAGAGCAACCUUUUGCCUGGUGCCUAUAUCAUAAAAGCUUCUCAUCACGAUUGGAGGCAGUCUUUGAUCUGAUGUCUUCUCAUGGCUUCCUCCAAAUUUAUAGCAGCUACAAGCCUUGUUCUAACGUCUUUGUUUAUUUUAAGAUUUAGGACUGAAGACAUGUUUAUUCCACUUAGAUUAAUCAACUACUGCUAACAUUUGGGAUAUGAAUACAUGAAUAACUGAGUCAGGAUUACCAAACCAACUCCUCCUGAAGUGCCGGCAAGCCUUCAAAGUUGUCUCUUCCCCUCUGUUGUACUUCCCUUAUUCUUCUUUUUCUCCUAGGUGGUGAUGGGAUCUACAUCCAACAAGCAAGUUUAUGAUAUGCUAAGACUUAAACCCAUAAGUUUUCUCCUCUAGACACAUUGAACAACACGUCAAUUAUACCAAGAAACAUGACCAGAUAUGUAUCAGAACAUAACAAAGAUGAGACAAAAUCGUAGACCUGAGUACGUGCCGUUGUAUCUUCCCUCUGGUGGAAGCUGGAUCCCAUGCUUUUGCAAAGUUGUUAAAGACAAUGAGUACAGGGCUAUAGUAGGCUAAUUUCACUGAAGGAAACUACAUACUGUGCUGAGUUAUACUCUCUUUUUGUUUUUGUUUUUGUUUUUGACUAUGUAUCACAUCCUUUCUUCAUCUAUGAACAAUACAAGAUUGAGCUCUAUCAAAGUAGCCCGGAUCUUCCGGGAGUGCUUAACCGUUGUUAAAGGGGGCGGUGAUAGAACAUAUGGAUCUUCGGGGAGUGCUUAACAAAUCAGGCUAACUAUCAUGGUGUAACAACACAUCAAGAGCAUAGCUAUCAUGGUUCUUAAAGGGUUGGUGGCUUGGUGCUGAUCUCAUGGUGGAAAUAACAAAUAAGAAGACCUUUGCUCAUAUCUUCAGCUAACUACCAUGUUCUAAUUUAUGCAUGAGUAACUAGGACGAUCAAAAGAUGAUUAGGAACAAGCUGUUGGCGGUGCAAUAAAAAUAAAUUUAAAACAUAGUUUUCAUAUCAAAUUAUUACAGAUUAUUCAAAAACGUAUUGAAAGAUAGCCAAGUGCAUGAGGGAAAAAGAGAGUAUAUAUUUAAAGAAAUGAAAAUAUGAUAAAGUAUAGUGGUAUAUAAAAAAACACUACUUUAUAACUCUUUUGAAAUCAAAAAGAAAUAAUAUUUCACUUUUUCUUCGGAUUAUUAUUUCUUCUUACUUCAUUCUUAUUGGACAGUGAAGUGAUGUUUACAAUCGUCAAUUACCUAGCUAGUGACGUUGUCUAGACCGGUCACUUCGACAUAUGGAACUAAUGGGCGGAGGCUGAAAGAUUUGCAAUCGUUGAUCUACGGAUCACGCUUUACUGGCGAGCGAGAACUCAACCGCGAGUUAUGCUGAUGGAGAGAGGUUUGCGGUGAUUGUUGCGCCAGCAAUGAUAGUGGUUUGAUGAUCUCUUUUCAAUAUUAAUAUUUGGUUUGUUGAAAGUCAAAUAUAUUUCUCUUUUUCUUUUUGGGGUCAUUUCGUUUGUUCCAGCCUUUUCUUGAUUGUUUUUCUCUCUUUUUUUCUCAUAUGUAGCAAGAAGCUGUGGGAUACAUUACUAGGAUAUUAAAAUCAAACUCUGUUUUUACAUGAUUUCCUAUAAUUUUCUAUAUUUUAAAAUAGUUUUAAUUUUAAAGUAGACUAGAAUUUAUCUUUAGUAGUUUACUCUAGGAUAUUAAAAUCAAACUCUGUUUUUAAAUGAUCUCCAAUAGUUUUCUAUAUUUUGGAAUACUUCAAUUCUAAACUAGAGUAUAAUUUAUCUUCAAUAGUUUACUAUAUAUUUUACUCUAAAAUAAUAUUCUAUUUCUAUGUAUAUGAUUAAUACCUUUUAUUUAUAAAAUUUACGAUUUAAUCUCAUAUAU